GUGAGAAACAAGUAUACGUAUGCAUAAUUAUUUGGUUUUUCUCUAAUUUUGCCAGUUCAGUUUUAAUUCGAUUUUGUCGGGGAAAGGUGGCACACAAACACAAACAAUAAUGAAUGACGAGGAGCAAAAAAUGGCCAUUAUUCGGAAGGCCUUCCAGAUGUUCGACACAAAAAAGACUGGCUACAUCGAAACCCUAAAGAUUGCCACCAUCCUGAACUCCAUGGGCCAGCUUUUUGAUGAGACUGAAUUGAACAACCAGAUCUCAAAGAACGAUCCUGACCGUACCGGCCAGGUAAACUUUGAUGGUUUCGCUGAUAUUGCCAUCCACUUUCUGGAAGAAGACGAUGAUGAAUCCACGCAACAGGAGCUCAAAGAAGCUUUCAGGUUAUAUGAUAGAGAAGGAAACGGUUACAUUACAACAGGUACUUUGAAAGAAAUCCUAAGAGCUCUUGAUGACAAGUUGACGGGAAGGGAACUUGACGGAAUCAUAGCUGAAAUUGACACUGAUGGUUCUGGAACCGUUGACUUUGAUGAAUUCAUGGAGAUGAUGACUGGUGAUUAGACUAAUGAUGGAAUUUUAUACAUCAACUUGUAAACUUGUGAAGACAUAGUAAUGGAAGUCCAAACAAUUAUAUUCUAACUAAUUACCAAUUAAAUUUAUGGUUAU